UUUGUGCAUCACACAUCACAUCUUCUUUUCACCAAGGAAGGUCCACUGUCUAAUAAGCAAAAUGUUCUCUUUCAAAUCUAUCGUACUCAUCGCCGCGGCUUUCGCCGUUGGAGCAGAAUGCAGCGUCGCCGUGGCGGCUCCCCUGGUCGCACCAGCUCACGUUGGCUACGCCCAGGCUAUUCCUCAAAACAUCCCUCCUUAUGCGUCGCAAGUCAGCGUGGUCAACAGGGCGGUGAGCCCGUUGGUGGCUAGCCCCUUCGCCGCUCCGUACAUUGCUGGACCUGCUCCAUAUGCCGCUUACGCUGCGCCUGCUGCUUACGCCGCAGCGCCGUUAGCGGCACCCGCAGCCUUUGCUGCCCCUGCCGCGUAUGCUGCCCCUGCCGCGUAUGCUGCCCCCGCCGCGUAUGCUGCCCCUGCCGCGUAUGCUGCCCCCGCCGCAUAUGCUGCUCCGGCCGCCUACUCUGCCGCCCCCUUCCCUUAUGCCCCCGCGGCACCCAUAGUCCGAGCUCCCCUCGGUGUUGCCCCGGCCUUUGUGCGAUAGAUUUAAGAAAACACGACUGACCUUCCUAUGCUUUAUAAAAUAGAUCCACUCGUUAUUGACGUAAACAGAUAACUAUUAACAAAGUAUACGAUUGGCGUCAAAAACGAGUGCUUCUUACAAGUUUCCUAAAACCUUACGUAGGUAUAUUUUAUUUUUAUAAAUAUGUAAUAAAUGUUUUAUACUGUCA